GUAUCCCUUCUCCCUUGUAUAAAUACAAACAAAGAAGAAGGGGUAGCGUAGUUGACAAAUGAAGAUUAUAAGCCAGCAAUAGCAUCAACUGUGAUCUGCUGUCCAAAAUCCUGCGUUAUAUAUGCAGCAAACGGCAAAGUUUCUUUAAUUCUUCAUAUAUAUUUAUUUUCACAAUCCGAUCAAAGCAAGACCAACAUAUAUAUUCAUUCAUCUUCACGUACAUAUCCCUCGUUAGUUUUCAGAUAAUAUGGUGCAGGAGCAGGAGAGUGAGACAAACAUUGUGCUGACGAAGCCAUUCUCUUUAGGAAAUGGGAAUGAAUCAGAUUCUGAGGUUUAUAGUGCGCCAAAUAUUUUGCAGCGCAUAUUAAGUCUGCUUACGAAUGUGCGGCCAGGAUCUGAUCUCACUCGCUUUCAGCUGCCUCCUCAAUUCAACUUCCCUAAGUCACAACUUCAGUGCUAUGGAGAAUCUAUAUAUUCCUCAACUUCAGAUUUGCUAAGCAGGUGUAACACUGGGCAGAGUCCACUUGAAAGGCUCAUAUUUGUUGUAGCAUGGAGCAUAUCCACCACACGACCAGCAAUUUUUGGAGUUGCUCCCUACAACCCCACUCUUGGAGAGACCCAUCAUGUUUCCAAAGGAAACCUUAAUGUCUUAUUAGAGCAGGCUUCACACCACCCUCCUGUAUCUGCCCUCCAUGCAACUGAUGAGAAAGAAAAUAUAGAAAUUAUAUGGUGCCAGUAUCCUGUUCCAAAGUUCAAUGGUACUUCAGUGGAAGCUCAGGUGCAUGGGAAACGGCAGCUGAAGCUCAUCAAUCAUGGAGAGACAUAUGAAAUGAAUUCUCCUCACCUCUUGAUCAAAAUUCUUCCAGUGCCUGGAAUUGAUUGGGUUGGCAAUGUAAAUAUCAAGUGCAUAGAAACAGGCCUUGUGGCUGAAUUAUGCUACACUAGUCAAUCUUUCUUUGGAUUUGGAGGGAGUAAAAGAUUGAUAAAAGGGAAGAUCAUUGAUUCAUCUUCAUUGAAGAUUCUGCAUGAAGUUAAUGGUCACUGGGAUAGUACCGUAACACUAAAGGAAACAAGAAGUGGAGAAAUAAGAGUGAUAUAUGAUGCCAAAGAAGUCAUUUCAGGGCUUCAAGCUCCUACUUUGAAGGAUGCAGAGAGUGUGUGGCUAACUGAAUCAGCUCUUAUUUGGAGUGAGUUGAGCCAAGCCAUUCUAAGCAAAGACUGGGAAAAAGCAAGAGAAGCAAAGAAAGCUGUGGAGGAAAGACAGAGGGAGCUCUUGAGAGAGAGAGAAUCAAAAGGAGAAACUUGGGUUCCUAAGCAUUUUAUUCUGUCUCAAAGCAAAGAAGGGAUCUGGGACUGUUCACCUAUUCAAAAGUGGGUCCCGGCAUCUCCUAUUGUCACCUUGUAAUUUGCUAUAUAGUUUAUAUUUGCCACUAGUUCCACUACUACAUUAUUAGUACUAUUUUAUAAAAUUAGGCAUGUGAAAGUUGUUGUCAAAGACAUCAUUUGCUUGGUCAACCUUCCUAAAAACAAGAACAACGAAAAUCUAUCUGGUAUUAGGCCCCUUAUUGGGUUGGUGCUCAGAAGGAAGAAAUUAUCUGUAGAAUACAAGUUUGGCUACCAGACUCAACGAAAUAUUGAAUUUAAUCCCCUUCCUUUCCCUUCAUUUGGACUACAAAAUUAUCAUCAGUUGUUAAAAUA